CUACGUCACGUUGUUCUGUCAACCUAAUCACUGAGUGGUCAAUGUUAGUGCAGAAUUUAAACGAAGGAAUAGUUUAGAUUAGAUAUACAGUUCCCCAUUUCUCUGUAUCUUAUCUAAUUGUGUAAGAACGUGUAACUUCACUUGAUAAAUUCGCGUAGUUUUUGUCUGUCACCCUAGUUUCAAAUUGACUCUUCAAAGAGAAUCUCGCAUUUUUUGUUUGAAAUUUGCGAAAAAAACAACUUUUUCUUUAACCAACGUCCUAAUAAACCAUCAACGCAUUACAUGCUACAAGUUUCAAAGUAAAUCAUAAAGUGACAGUUCGGUGAAUUAAAAAAAAGUGAUGGGUUUGCUAACUGAAGGAACACCUCUAACUUGGGAAGAAACGAAAAAAUUGGCCGAACACGUGCGUCAACACGGCAUUAUCCAGUUUAUAAACUUGUACAAGCGGCUGAAAGACCGGCAAGGAGAUGUCUUGAAAUGGGGCGACGAGGUGGAGUAUAUUCUUGUUAAGUUCAACGAUGAGAAAAAAGUGGCCAGAGUUAGCUUAAGGGCGGAUGAAAUCCUAACUGAAUUGAAUAAGAAAGAACUGGAAAACCCAGAGACCGUCAAGUCGCUGUGGAGGCCCGAAUAUGGGGCUUACAUGAUUGAGGGCACUCCUGGGAAGCCUUAUGGGGGCUUGUUGGCCCAUUUCAACAUUGUGGAAGCCAACAUGCGACACAGGAGGGAGGAAGCGUCGCAAUUGCUCAAAGCCGAUGAAUGCCUAAUGACCAUUACUAGUUUUCCCAGACUGGGCUGUCCGAACUUCACCGACCCUGCCACUAAACCAACACCGGAAGAGGGCGCCACCCGUUCGUUGUUUUUCCCCGACGAUGCGGUUUUUUCGGGCCAUCCCCGUUUUAAGACCUUGUCACGCAACAUUCGUCAAAGACGUGGUGAAAAAGUUGCCAUCAAUUUACCAAUCUACAGGGAUAAAAAUACACAAAUACCAGUGGACGAUUCCUACAAAUACUCUUCAGCCGCUUUGCCUGACCAUGUCUAUAUGGACGCGAUGGGCUUCGGUAUGGGAUGUUGCUGUUUGCAGCUGACUUUCCAAGCUUGCAACAUCACAGAAGCCAGGACUUUAUACGACCAAUUGACACCUCUGUGCCCAAUUAUGUUGGCUUUAACAGCAGCAUCACCUCUUCACCGCGGCUUUGUCACGGAUGUUGACUGUCGAUGGAACGUGAUUUCGUGUUCUGUUGAUUGUCGCACCAAGGAAGAACGCGGUUUAGCACCGCUCAAAAACGAUAAAUUUGUGAUAAAAAAGUCGCGUUAUGAUUCGAUUGAUUCGUAUCUGUCGCCACAAGGCGAGAAGUUCAAUGAUGUGCCCUUGAUAUACGAUCCCAAAAUAUACCAACAGUUGGUUGAUAAUGACAUUGACCAUUUGUUGGCUCAACAUAUUGCUCAUCUUUUUAUUAGAGACUCGGUAUCCCUGUUUUCGGAAAAAAUCAACCAAAACGAUGAAGAGGACACCGACCAUUUUGAGAAUAUACAGUCGACCAAUUGGCAAACUAUGCGCUUUAAACCGCCACCACCCAACUCAACUAUUGGUUGGAGGGUUGAGUUCAGACCUUGUGAAGUCCAAAUAACCGACUUCGAGAAUGCUGCCAUUGUUUGUUUUGUAGUUUUGUUAACACGUGUGAUUUUAUCCUACAAUUUGGACUUUCUAAUUCCGAUAAGCAGGGUGGACGAGAAUAUGCAAAACGCGCAAAAAAGGAACGCUUGCAUGGAACAAAAAUUCUGGUUUCGAAAGGAAGUUACGACUCAAAUUAGUCCACCGGAAGCCAAUGAGUGCUGUAAGAAGGGUACAACAAACUGUGAGCCUAAAAACUGUGAUGUUUACACUUGUAUGACUGUUAAUGAAAUUAUAAACGGAAAGGACGGCGAAUUUCCAGGUUUGAUUCCUUUAAUUAAUACGUAUUUAAGUGGAAUGGAUGUUGAUGCCGAUACUCAUUGUACAAUUCAACAGUAUUUGAAGUUUAUACAACGUCGAGCUUCAGGUGAAAUACUCACCACAGCUUCGUGGUUACGUAAAUUCGUCACUGAACAUCCUUCAUACAACAAAGAUUCGAAAGUAACAGAAGAGAUCAAUUACGAUUUGUUGCAAACAAUCAAAGGGAUCCAAUCUGGAGAACUGUCUUGUCCCGAAUUACUGGGUUACUCUACAAUGUCCAAAACAAAGGAAAAUAUUCCUUCAGCUUUGUCUUUGUCAAACUGUUAAAAACACGUUUGUUAAUCCGUACUUAAAAAUACACUCGAUGCAAAAUUAGGUAAACGUUAAACAUGAUGAAAAUAAAAUCACCAUUACUUUGUCGUCGGACAAGUUAUUAACGUCAUGUCAGAAUUUUUGCUGAUACUAAAGAUUGUGAAAAAAUCAAGUGCUAAUUUAACGGUUGUGAUGGUAUUAAAUGCCGAUUUACACUAUUGUUUACCGAAAAACUAUUUUUUUUUUAAGAAUUGCUUGCUUUCCCUUUACGGUAGUAGUUCCUUCGAUGACGAUCAGUGUUAAAAAAAAUUAUUAAAAUUUCAGACGCGAUGAUCCUUAUUAAAAUCUUGGUCUAGUUCCAUCGAACUUGUUGCUAAUUUUUUUUCAUAAUCCUUUAGUAUCACAGAAAGUACUUAACUUGCAAAUAACAGACUUGGUUAAUUGUAAAAUCUCGGCUAUCGCCUCGUCAGGUAUUUGCUUCGCAUCAGGCGUUAGUAACUAUUGAUUGAGUUUUAAUGUUAACUUUUGCAAUUUUUUUUUAUUAUGUAGAUUAUAGUAUAAAUACAUCUGAAAGCAUAACAGAGUAUAGUGUUGUUUCUGUUGUAUUGUCAGUAUUUAAAGAAGAGCAUUUAGGGUUUUUGAAAAAUAUUUAUAUGAUGAAAUCAUUUGUUGUGUCAAAAGUUUUUAAUAAAAAAAAAUAUUUUACUUA